UGGGUUUCAGGUCCGACUGGCAGGCACCUGCGGAAAGGCGGCACCUGGGUCGCAGCUUCGAGUGGGUGGAGCCUGGCUGGAGGACGGAAGCGCGCUGCAAGGUUUGAGCCCGGCAGCGAUCCGUACCGCCGCGGAUUCGGCGGCGCAAACAUGGCGGCCAUAACCCGGCCGGUAACGGAGAAAGUUUCUGUCGAAACCGGUUCCUACUAGUCGGCGCGGCCUCUCGUCCUGAUUUCCCCGGGUUUGGCACCUCGUGGUUUUAGUACGCAGGUUUCACCCUGCUUAAUUUGUUGGCGUGGGAGCAGUUGUCACAGCGUUGGUGACCGGGGCCGAGUCAGAUCACAAUAAAGAAAAAUUCUGAGAAAAUGUUGGAAUAGGAGUUAUUCCUUGGAUUUGUUGAAUGAAAUACAAGAAGUUAAAUUUCAUAACGUGGGAAAAGAACCUGAAUUGCCAGAGUACAUGUGUAAAUCACUGCGGUACUGUUUUAGUCAUUGUCUCUAUCUAGCAAUGACAAGACUGGAAGAAGUAAAUAGAGAAGCAAACAUGCAUUCCUCAGUUCGGUAUCUUGGCUAUUUGGCAAGAAUCAACUUAUUAGUGGCUAUAUGCUUAGGCCUUUAUGUAAGAUGGGAAAAAACAGCAAAUUCCCUAAUUUUGGUAAUUUUUAUCCUUGGUCUUUUUGUUCUUGGAAUUGCCAGCAUCCUCUAUUACUAUUUUUCAAUGGAAGCAGCCAGUUUAAGUCUCUCCAAUCUUUGGUUUGGAUUCUUGCUUGGCCUUUUGUGUUUUCUUGAUAAUUCAUCCUUUAAGAAUGAUGUGAAAGAAGAGUCAACAAAAUAUCUGCUGCUGACUUCCAUAGUACUAAGGAUAUUAUGUGCUUUGGUGGAGAGAAUUUCUGGUUAUGUCCGUCAUCGACCCACUUUACUAACCACAGUAGAAUUUCUGGAACUCGUUGGAUUUGCCAUUGCCAGCACAACAAUGUUGCUAGAAAUGUCUCUGAGUAUUAUUUUACUUGUUGUAGCUUUGGCUCUGCUAAUUAUUGACCUGAGAAUGAAAUCUUUCUUAGCUAUCCCAAAUUUAGUUAUUUUUGCAGUAUUGUUGUUUUUUUUUUCGUUGGAAACUCCAAAAAAUGCAGUUGCUUUUGCAUGUUUUUUUAUUUGUCUGAUUACUGAUCCCUUCCUUGACAUAUAUUUUAGUGGACUCUCAGUGAUAGAAAGGUGGAAACCCUUUUUGUACCGUGGAAGAAUUUGCAGAAGACUUUCAGUUGUUUCCACUGGAAUGAUUGAGCUUACAUUUUUUAUCCUUUCAGCAUUUAAACUUAGAGACACUCAUCUCUGGUAUUUUGUAAUACCAGGCUUUUCCAUUUUUGGAAUUUUUUGGAUGAUUUGCCAUAUUAUUUUUCUUCUAACUCUUUGGGGAUUCCAUACUAAGUUAAAUGACUGCCAUAAAGUAUAUUUUACCCACAGGACAGAUAACAAUAGCCUUGAUAGAAUCAUGGCAUCCAAAGGAAUGCGUCAUUUUUGCUUAAUUUCAGAGCAAUUAGUUUUUUUUAGUCUUCUUGCAACAGCAAUUUUAGGAGCAGUUUCCUGGCAGACAACAAAUGGAAUAUUCCUGAGCAUGUUUCUUAUAGUUUUGCCCUUGGAAUCCAUGGCUCAUGGGCUUUUCCAUGAACUGGGUAACUGUUUAGGAGGAACAUCUGUUGGCUAUGCUAUUGUGAUUCCUACCAACUUCUGCAGUCCUGAUGGUCAGCCAACAUUGCUUCCACCAGAACAUGUACAGGAGUUAAACUUGAGAUCUACUGGUAUGCUAAAUGCCAUCCAAAGAUUUUUUGCAUAUCAUAUGAUUGAGACCUAUGGAUGUGACUAUUCCACAAGUGGACUAUCUCUUGAUACUCUACAUUCCAAACUGAAAGCCUUCCUUGAACUUCGAACUGUGGAUGGACCUAGACAUGAUACAUAUGUUUUGUAUUAUAGUGGGCACACCCACGGCUCAGGAGAGUGGGCACUAGCAGGUGGAGACAUACUUCGCUUUGACACACUUUUAGAAUGGUGGAGAGAAAAGAAUGGUUCCUUCUGCUCCCGGCUUAUCAUCAUAUUGGACAGUGAGAAUUCAGCCCCUUGGGUAAAAGAAGUGAGAAAGAUUAAUGACCAGUAUAUUGCAGUGCAAGGAGCAGAGCUGGCCAAGACAAUAGAUAUUGAAGAAGCUGACCCACCUCAGCUGGGUGACUUUACAAAAGACUGGGUAGAAUACAACUGCAACUCCAUUAAUAACAUUUGCUGGACUGAAAAAGGACGCACUGUGAAAGCAAUAUAUGGUGUGUCAAAACGGUGGAGUGACUACACUCUGCACUUGCCAACAGGAAGCGAUGUGGCCAAGCACUGGAUGUUACACUUUCCUCGUAUUACGUAUCCAUUAGUGCAUCUGGCAAAUUGGUUAUGUGGUCUAAACCUUUUUUGGAUCUGCAAAACUUGUUUUAGGUGCUUGAAAAGAUUGAAAAUGAGUUGGUUUCUUCCAACUGUGCUGGACACAGGACAAGGCUUUAAACUUGUCAAAUCUUAAUUUGGACCCCAAGAGGGGAAUAUUACUCAAAGUUCAUGUUACCAAUUAUCAUUCACUUGCCAUUUUUUGUAUGCUUUAUUUUUUAUUUGUGGAAGAUACCUUGCUACUUUUUGUAGCUGCUCUCACUUUGUCUUUUUCAAGUAAUUAUGGGAACUGUAAGGUGUUUGGGAAUAAAAUUAUUUAAAAGUAAAUAGAGUCAUAAAUGCUGACUCCAAAUGUACAAGAGAUAUUAAUAGCGGUGCACUUUCAGUAAUGUUUGCAUUUGCCUGAUUAGAAGGAAAAGUUUUCUGUUCUCUGCAAUGGCCAUCGAAAAAUUAAUGCCUUAUUUUCGAGGCAUGCAUUAGAGAAUGUAGAACAGACAAAUGUUUGUGCCUCUUAGGAAAACUAACAAUUUACUAACAGAAGAUUCUUGUUUGUAGACAGUAGGUGAACUCCAAGAACAAUUAAGAACUCUUCUUAGAAAAGGAAGAGGUCCGCUUAAUACUAAAUGCAAAAUUCCCUGAUACUCCAGCACAUUCAAAUGUCUUGGUUGUGACCUGUUACCAGUAUGGCAGAGAAGCCCAAAUUACUUUUUAGGCCAAAACAUGUUUUAUGUAGGUAAGAGGUGAGAGCCUACAAGUUGUUCCUUCAUGCAUUGUUUAGGGCCUCUGAAAACACUGGUAAUUUUAAGAGUCUUUCUCAGGGUAACUUAGUGUUUUCUUAAUAGUGUUUCCAGCCACAAAUUCUUUCUAAAUAAAUUGCCUUGCUUUUCAAGAAGUACUCUUAUAAAAGAAAUUUAGCAUUUCUCAUGGACUAAAUCAGUCCAUUUUAACUUUUCAGAAAGUAUUUUGAUCUCCGUGGAGUUAAUGUUUUGCCAUGAAAAACUAUUUUUUUAGAUUCCCAUUUGUGAUAUUGAAGGUCAAAGACAGGUCAUAUUUUUCUUGUAUACCUAUAAUGUAUUAUGUGAAAAAAGUAUUCAUAUUGACAAUUUUUGUUAAGUAUAAUGGUGUGGCUGUAAUUUUUAAAACUUCAUGUUUUGUCAGAGUAAAGCAGACACUGAUUGGAGUAUAUGCUAAGAAGUAAUUCACUUUCUACUCCUACCCAGUAAUCCUUAGAUGCCAAAUUUUCAUCUUUGAGAAAUAAGAGGGGAAUAUUAUUGGGAGAUAAGGCUAGUCUUUAUUGUUCGAAUGACUCCUCACCAUUGAAACCAUUGUCUCAACCUCGAAGGAAAUAAUGCCUCUACCAUUUUCUACUGGUGACUUGCAAACUGAAGAUUUUGUUAGGAAGAUGUCUUUUAGGGAAAUUGUAAACCACUAUCUAUGCAGCAUUGUUAUAGUACAAUUACUUUUAUGUUUUGAAUAUGGUUUUCCUGAUGCUUUGAAUAAAUAUUGUUAAAAAUUAA